GACUGUCCGAAACAGAAAUGCUCGGCUCCUCGUCAGCAAUGGGCCAUAAUGGGCCCAGGGAAGCCGAACCUCAGGUGGUGGCACGCAGAGCAGCAUGCCGCAGAGGCUCUUGAGUGGGCAAAGAAUUGGCAAGGUGAUGUGGGGAAGGUUGAUAUCAGAUGGUAUCAGCAUCAUGGAAGUAGAGAAGUGCGUCGUUUUGUGUGCUUGUGGGCCAACUUAGGCAGUGGCAAUGAGCAUCUUGAUCCACGCGGGAGCUACCAGAAGCUUCAGAGAACUUUGCGGAACUCUGAUCGCAAGAAGUACAAGGUUCCAGAACCAGACCUCGACACUGAGAUCAUCACGGAGACCAAGGAUGUGCCAAAGCAGAUUGCCAAUGCGGAGAACACAGGCCAGAGUGAAGCUCCAUUGGCCGACCUCGACAAGGGCAAGGGCUCUGAGGUCACAGAAGAUCAGCUGGCUCCAUUGGCCGACCUCGACAAGGGCAAGGGCUCUGAGGUCACAGAAGAUCAGCUGGCUCCACAGGCCGACCUCGACAAGGGCAAGGACUCUGAGGUCACAGAAGAUCAGCUGGCUCCAUUGGCCGACCUCGACAAGGGCAAGGGCUCUGAGGUCACAGAAGAUCAGCUGGCUCCACAGGCCGACCUCGACAAGGGCAAGGACUCUGAGGUCACAGAAGAUCAGCUGGCUCCACAGGCCGACCUCGACAAGGGCAAGGACUCUGAGGUCACAGAAGAUCAGCUGGCUCCACAGGCCGACCUCGACAAGGGCAAGGAUGAGGUUGUCCUCUCGGUGGGGAAGGAGACGCCGGUUGUCAAUCAGCCCGCAAACUUUGCUGAGGAGGUAGUGGGCAACCAGAAUUCAACAGCAUCAGAAGCUUCCAUGGCUGCUGACCAAGUCGACCACCCAGAACAACAUCCACCCACAUCAGGAGCUGAAAAAGACAAAGCUGCGAAGACGCAGCGUCGUCGUUCAUUGCCAGCAAGCUUUCACCAGAGCCGGGUCCAGAGCGAGCCACCACUGCCGCCACCGGCAGAGACACCACCAGAAAGUCCCACAUCGUCGAGACAUGCAACUGCAGAAGAAUCAGAAGGCUUGCAGAAGAUCAAGCAGCAAAAAAACAUUAAAAGAGAGCUUCCUGAAGUGCCUCAAGUGAGUCAAAAGGCGGAACCCAGAACUCCCCCUGGACGAGUCAAGCGGGAUCCAGAAGAAUCACUCAAGCGGGAUGCCCAGUCGCCCGUACAGAGCAUGAAUCUGAAGAAACCCAAAAUGGAGAAGGACAACGAGCAGAACCGUUCUCCCCCUCCAGGAGGCCGUGAUUCAGGAUUGCGUGCUUUUCAAGGACCUGAGACGCCUCCUAAACCAUGCCGAGUACACAAGCGGGAUGUCAUUUGGAAAGAGCUUGAGGAGCACAUCACGAGAGGAGAGUACAUGUUUCUGGCACAUGAUGCAGGGGAACCGGGGAAGCGGAAGAUGGAGCAGAUCGUUGCCUACGCCCAGAUGGUGAAGAAGAAUGGCUUCUACCUGGAGGUCAUUGAUGCUCAGGCUUUUGUACUUCAGAUUGGUGGAACGUUGGCUUUUGGUUUGGAGGACCAGAUGGGGAGAAUCAAAGUACUUCCAGCUCAACAACAAUGGGCCACAUUGUUAGAUCACCAGAAUGAUAUCCCAGACAUUGAUCCAAAAAAUCCCAACACAUGGCUCCUCAUCAGCUGCAAUGCUAUGUACGAUCCCAAAGGGCCGGCAAACCACUGGAUUCCUGGGUUCUUCAAAGAUCAACUACACCCAGACGUCUAUUACCAGCUUACCUUAGAGGCUCUGUCCUCUUUGAAUGACAAAGGGCAAAAGAAGCGAGCACAGUUGAAAACGCUCCAGGCCAGUUUGGACAGAGUGUCUUCACAGGCCCGCCAGGAUCCAGAGGGACAGGCCAUCCUGCAAUCAAAAAUUUCUGAGCUCGAGGAUGAACAUGCAAAGCUGAAGAACUAUACGAACUUGGUGAGGAAGUGUUCCAACCAGGGGAUCGCAAUUUGUGAAGUUCCUGCUGACGGGGAUUGCAUGGCUUGGUCGCUGCGGACUCUGUAUCUAGGCUACCAGAAUGUGGGCCGCUUUGACACCGCAGAGGCCAAGAACGAAGUUUCGUUGAUCCGCAGAAUGAUGGGUUCUGCCUGGGAAAUGGUUUCAGGUGAAUUGUGGUGGCAAACAUUGUUUGAUGCCUUCUGUGCCGAUCGGCUUCGACAGAACGAACCUGCGCCAGAGACCCCAAAGAAACAGAAGAAAGGUGAUUCCCUUGGAAAUGAGGACAGGGAGUUGGCAACACCACCUCGUCCAGACCCCCCUGGUGCACCUGGCAAACGCAAAGGGGAGCCUGACACCACAGGUGUUGAGACACCACCUCGUCCAGAUGCCCAAGCCACGUCUCUGAUAGAAGCAACAGGCAAGCCUGAAGGGCCAAAACGUGCAGAAGGAAGCAUUCCACCAAAUAAUGAUGGCACCCAAAAAGAGGGCGAUGUGUCCGUGCUCAAAGAUGCCAACGUGGAGGACAUUGACGAUGCUAUGCUGAAGGACUAUGUCAGGGAUCGUAAACGCAAAGUUCAUGAACGAAGUUGCAAAAAAAGAAUUCCAACACAGAGGGAAGUGGACGAUCGGAGGCUGAAUGCUUGGUUGGCCCAGAAAGGGCUUACGUACCAGACGUUUACGACCUUUCAUCGUCAACAGGCAAUUCUUAGGAAAGCUGCUGCCUGCUUCACUGGUGGACGGAAAUCUUUCAAGCUGCUCUUGCUUGGAGAGAAAAAGCAGGACGAGAAGGACGAGAAGAAAUGCGAUGUGUGCAAGCUCAUCAGGCAGAAGUGGAAAAUCCCAGAGGAUGAAGUUGAGGUUCGGGCUGCUGUGGCUGCAGAGGCAGCGAAAGACACCGAGAAGGAGAAACAGGAUUCCAAAGAAACUGCAGGUCAUCCUGAAGACAAAGAACCUGGUGAGGAAGAGGAGAACGAGUCGACCGAGUACCAGAGAUGUGUGAAGCUGGUUCAAAGUUAUGCUCCGGUCAUUGAACUGAUCGAGACUCCUGCUGGUGGGCUCAUGUACCGAUGCAGAAUUUGCAUAACAAAGACUCAACCCCAGGGCAAGACCAACAAAUUGCCUGUCAUCAAACUCAAAUCUGUGAAGACGCUGAUUGAUCAGCACGUGCUCGCACCCACUCACACAUCCAAUGUAGAGAAGCUUCAAAACGUUGGAAGAUCUGGCCCAGCAACUUCCAAGGAAUGCCCGGGCUACUGUGUGAAUCACCACCCUGAGAACAAGUUGUACCUGUACAUGAAGGAGUUGAAGCUUUGGUUGUCCUACAACAAUAUGGACUGUGAUAUGACUCAGCACAAGUACUGGCAUAUCUACGCAGGUGACUUGCUAUGGAUUCGUCACAAAGAUUGCCAUACCAAAUUCCUUGUCGAUAAGGAGGAGAAGAGACAGUGCUGCCAAGCAUGUGAGUCCCUCACCGAUCGGAAGUCUGUGCAGAAGACGCUCGUGAGGUUUUUGAUGAAGUUCUAUGCAGCCAUGUUGUUGCAAAAGCGCUUGUUCUGCAACGAAUCAGAGGUUGCAAGUUUCAUGAAGGAUCUUGAGGAUGGGACUUUUGCUUCCAACAAUGCUGUGGCUUGGAAACAAAUCCAUAGCUUGAAAAAUGUGAACCUUCAAGCCUUUGUUCGGCGUUCCUGGAGCCAUAUCCCUGACGUGCAAAAGACUUCAAAUAUCAAGGUCUUUUUGGGAACUGUCGUGGACCCCUGCCUCAAAGUCCACGUGAACACUGUCGGCUCAAACCUGACGGCUCUCUCCUCCAAGUUUGUGGAGCUUGCAGAAGUGAACGCAAAGAUCGCCCAAGCCGCUGUCACUGGACGCUUAGACAGAAAUCCGUUUGCGCAAGGCUUGCUGGUGCAACUUCUGAUCCGUUUGGAGAAGGAAGAGCGCGGCGUGAACAUAUCACAUGGCAGACACAGAGCCGCAUCAGAGACCGAGAUCCAUCUGAUGGAGAACGCAGCCCUCAAUCUAGCCAUCCUCGGUGGAAACAAAGCACUCUGUGAAGAGCUUGGCCAGAAGAAAAGGAAACCGAAGAUUUCUAUGGAGGAUCUGCCUGAGUUGGGUCUUCCAAACCCGACCCUUGCCCUCAUGUAUGAGGAUCAACUAGAGAACAACUUCAUGCUUGUCGACCAAUUGUUCCCUCGCAAAGAAACCUCCAGGAGUAGACGCCUGAUCAUGGGCAUGGACGGGACAUACCUUCUCAAAAGUGCCUGCCAGUUCAAGAUCAAAGAUACCGUAGGGCUGGUAGGAGGGGCUUGGUCUCCAGUUGACGACUCUCAGGCCUUUGUAGAUUUGACUGUGAAUGUGAAGUCGCUGGAGAAAGCACCAACGAUGUUGGAGUUUGUUCUGUGGGACCCGUGUGGAUGGACAAAGAACACUUACAGCGUGGCAUCCAUGCCUAUGGCUCUCUCAGCCCCCAAGCUGACCCAAAAGGAGACACAGGAAAUUCUGGUGGUGAUUUCCAAGAUCAUGACCUCGGGUGCAUGGUUGGUGAAAGGCAUCACGUAUGAUGGUCACCAUGCGCAUCACUACCUGAAAGAAUGCCACGCUUCGAAGAAUGGAGCAGGGCAGCUAGUCUCCCCGUUGAGGACGAUCAUGUUCGGCCAGUAUUUCACGGAUUCAAGUGGCGCGAGGAAGUGGGGGCUUCCACCCGCUGUGUUCCGUCGAAGCGAGCCCAUGUCCGAUGCGAUGAAUGCUGCCCUUUGGAACCCCUACUAUGUGAUUAGCAGCACAGAAGUGGCCGGCAAGCUUGCGAGUGUGAGUUGGUCCUGCCAGGGGUUCCUCAUCUUGAACCUUUGCAUCGCUUUGUGCACAGCCCCUUCCAAUCACGCCACCAUGCCCCUCGAGAUGCGUGCAGAAAAUUGUCUCUGUGGGCUGAUGCUCAUCGAGGUGUUCCAGAUGCUCUCCAAUCAGGAAUCUACUCGUCGUGGCUUGCCGCGUGGAUCCCUAUUUCUCGCAGCAGAGACUGUCAGAAAUCUUCAGCACGCUGCAAUGGGAGUCAUCAGUGUGACAGUUUCAAAAUCCACGGAAGGCUCCCCCUGGGAAAGGGGGGGGCAAAGAUUGUCAGAGUUGGCAAUCGAGCAGCACUUCGGGCGGCUCAGGACACAGAGCCCGAGUGCACAGCUGACAGCAAAGGCAUACUGGACCGCAUGUGCAAGAGACAUGUUGCGCAGUGCUCGACAGCCAAAGCCUGCAGGUCAUUCAAGACCCCCUCCAGAGAAUAUGGAGCCAUUGACAGCUGAUGAAUUCUAUGUUGCUUCUGAGCGAGCCUACCGGUCUGCUCUCCGCUUUGCAGCCUAUUGUGCUGGCUCGACCAUUGAAUCCUUGGAACAGACCUACCUGGAGUGGUGCAACCAGAAGGGCUUUGACAAGGAAGGGCCUUUGUUGGGUGAUGAGCAUGAUAUGGAUCUGGAUGGUCCUGUGGAGAGUGGCAAUUCGGCCUCAACUUUUCUUGAUGAGAUUUGCACAGAUGCAGCGAUGGAGGGCGACCUUCCUGAAGAACUUCCAACUAGUGAAGUCCAAGAAGAUUUUGAGCUGAAGAAUGUCCCAGAUUCAGAGCUUCUCAAAGAUCUUUUCUCAGCGAAGCCCGCCUCGGAUGAUCGAGAACCAGAAGUGCCGCAAGAGUCUCCUUCCAAAGGGUCUUGUUCGGGCGGCUUGGGGAAGACUUUGCAUCAUUCCCUUUGGUGCUUGGGACAGCAUGCGACCAAUGCAGAGAUUUUCGACUCCGUAUGGUUCAACUGCCACAAGCUCAAGGAGAUGCGUGAUGAAGAGGAAACGACAGUGUUCCGUCAGCGCACGGGUCGCCUUCAGAAAUGGAGGGAUUUGGCAGAGGAGGCUGCCCGGGAAAAGUCCACGAACACUGUUUUACCGGACGGUUUGCAGUCUGGCGAUAUUGUCAUCGCCUUGCUUCCUGGUGGCAUGAAAAGUUCUGCACGCAAGAGUGUGGUGGGAAUUGUGAUGUCGGUCUGGGUUUCUGUGAGAAAGCCUCGCCUGGCGACAAGUUCGGCACCGAUGAAUCAUUGCGUCGCAGUGCGCAUUGUGGUCAUGGACGGUGUUGGCAGUGCGUUCAAUUGCAAUUCUCGCAGCCCUGCCUGGGUGAUCCAACCAGAAUCCAUUGUGAGCGUCCUUGCAUGGGAUUCAGUUCAGAAUGAGACUGAAGAGUGCAAGGUCAAACUUACUCAGGAGUCCGUUGAUAUGUUGGAGAAGAUCAAGCAAAAUUGUGUCGAAGAUUGGUGGCCUUUGCCUUCUGAAGGCACAGACGCCCCAGCACAGAAACCCCGACAAGUGGGACUCUUCCUGCGUGGUCAAAUUCGGCGCAGGCGCGCUGUUGGCAAGGCUUCUGCAAAAGCUAAAGCCAAGGCCAAAGCAGUGAAAGCAGCCAGUGCAAAUACAGGGAAGAAAAAAGUCAGGGGAAAAAAAUUGAAGAAGGCCAAGGCAGAGGUUGAAAUCGAAAGUGAUCCCAAAAAUUUCCGUCGAAAUGGUGUUGGAGUGCAGUUGGUGGAGCAGCAGAUGCAGAAAGCCAAGCACUUGGAUGAUGUGAAGUUCAAGAACAACACCAUUUUCUCAGAGUCCUCAGAAGAGUGCCGGCUGAAGAUCACAAUUUGCCAGGGAAAGAAGUGGGUGGACGUUUGUAAAGCUGCACAUCCAUACUUCAAAGCUUUGUACGCGACAGCAACUCCUAAGAGGUGGUCUGAGUUGGUCUCGAAGCAAUUCUCUGCUGUGAUCGAGGGUUUGGAAAGUGAAACACCAGACCGAAAGAAAUGGAUGCAACUGAUCCGCGAUAUUUGUCA